UUCAUCUGGCAUGUGGUCAUUUUGAGUUCUACGUGAGUAUCAUAUAUUGAUGGUUCGAAAGAAACUAGAGUGGGCUCUCUCGACUGAAAAUGGUAUUAUAGCUACCUUGUGGAGGGGGCGGUCGUUUUGUAUGACUGUGUGAGUGGAAUGCAAUGAAGAUAUCAUGUCAUCGAUUGGGAGGAAGUUGUGUAGAAAGUUGUAUUUAUCCUUUCUGAAAUGCAAAAUUGAGUGUGAAAUGGUUACGAGCAGAGUUUGUUUAUUGAGUUUUGAAGUUGUGCUUCUCUACUUUGUUAUAUAUUGUUAGUCCAGUUGUGUUUAGCUGUUUAAUUUAAUGUUUCGACUCCCAGGUUCAGGAGCUACACCUGGUAUACAGAAGGCAGAGGGACUUGAUGAAUGAAAUGAGAGCGAGAGAAAUCUUUGGACAGCAUUUACUAUCUCGAACAUCCGAGUCAAUCCAUUCCUCGUCUCAUGGUGGUGAUGAAAUUCCUCAGAAGCCUACUCCUGCAACAGGCUGGCUCUUCGGCAAUCUUUCACCUCGUGAGUUGUCUGAACUAGCAUCAGGGAAUUUUCAAGGGCCUAAAAGUUUAGUUGCAGAGAACUUUCUGAAACAUUCAACUCUGCAAAGUGAGUCUGGCAUAAGAAGAAGCAGUAGUGAUGAUGCCCAAUUUCUGUUUCCCAGCACUAAACGAAGUGGAAUUAUCGACCUUGAACUUCCAGCUCAUAUCUACCAUGAUGAUCAAGUGAAGCAGUUCAAAGCAGGGAACCUUUCUGAAGCAUCUGACUUCACAUGUCGUACCCCUGAUAAAGUUUCCAACUUUCUAGCUGCAUCUCAUUCAGAUAUUGGCUUGAGUAAAACAUGGGAUUUAUCGAGUUCUAGUUCGGAUACCAAGAAAACUUAUUGUUUCAUUGAUCUGAAUGAGCCCAUACAGUUGGAAUCGUUUCCCACAAGUUCAUCUGGUCCUCUUGAAGCUUUUACUGAUCUUGUGAAGACUGGUGAAAACUCGGAUGGCACAAAUUCAUCAAUGGAUAUUGAUUUGAAUUCAAUGCCUUUCUGUGAGACUCAAAUGCCUUUUGAAAGCCCUCCAUCUAUAAAUAGAGAGGCUAAAGUAGUUCCCGAUAGCAACUCUGCCUCUGAAGACGAACCUAUUGUACAGAACAGCAUCAGUGACAGUUUCUUGAAAGCUGAAAGUUACAUUGACUUGAACAAUGGAGUAGUAGACGAGCAUCCUCUGCCUCCGGCUAGCUCGAAGUCUGCAGAGUUGUUGAAGGGACCGGUGAGCCCUGAGAACAAGGAGCGUUCUCCUCCAAGAGGAGAAUCCGAAGAUAUUCAACCGGAAACACAUCUUUUAUCUGAACAAGGAGAGGCUGAGCCAUUCAUUGAAUCCGACACCACUGCUGCAAAGACUCUAGUCACAAUUUUUACAUCUGGAGUCAAGGUAGAAGCUGAAGUUCUUGAAUCACUAGCAAACUUCAGAAAUCUGUGUUGGUUUGCCGAAAUUGUUUCUUCCAAUGGAGACGAAGUGGGAGAUGAGGUCAUGGAACUUGAGACUGUUGCAAUGGAUCAAUGUGGGGAGAACGCUUUAAACUUGUCUCGUUUUAGCACAGGAAAAGGAAGGAGUAACAUGUCCAGAAGAUCCAGGAAGGGUCAGAAGAGAGGAAAGAAGCAAUGCAAGGGCUUCAAUUCGGAAGCUCUAGAAACAGGUUUGUUGAAGAGGAAACCGGGCAGGAGUGGUGGUGCAAAAGCAAGAAAAUAUUCUAAGUUAUCUCCUUCAGAUGUGACGAAGAAGUCAAUGAGCUCGAUCAUGAAGCAGUCCAUUGCUAGCGCUGACCAGAGUGUCGUGCUGAGCUGGGGAAGGACAAAGAAACGGCAAGGAGGUUGGAGACGUCGGGCUAGCCAAUUCUUUCUUGUAAGCUGAGAUGGCUUGAUUGUAGGAUUUCUUGCAUUCAAUAGCACAUUUUGUUGUUGGAAUUAGAUUCUUGAUUGGAUGAUGUUAAUGUACAUAUACAAAUGAAUUAGUCUUGAUGAGAACUCCUUUCAGCUACAUGUUGUGAUUAUUGUGCAGAUGAGUGAAAAUCACUGCAUUCUAUAAUAGGAUUUGCUUGGGUGGAGUCCCAUUCUUCAA